UAUCAGCUUCUCCUAAUAAAAGUUCCUUUUGGAAGAAACUGCUUCCACAAGUUCUACUUUCUUAGGAUGAGAUUUUGAAGUAGGCCCUGACAUUAGCUUUGUUCCCUUCUGCCAAGGGCAGAGAUGUCCAGAAUUCCCCAUGUUCCUCUUAAGCUGUGUCCCAAACAUAUAGAAUUUGAGCCCUUGAUUUGCAAUAAGAAGGAAAUGGUCCUUUCAUGGUCCUAGUUAUUAAUAGGCUGAAUCAUAACAACAAAUCUAUUAUUUUAUUAUGCCUUUCGUUCGUUCGUUGGACAAAACUCAAUGGUGUGAAGAGAGGAAAUUUAAGUCGUUUGUUCUUUCUUUUUUGCUUUCAUUUGAAUAAUACAAGGCAGUUCCAAUGGCCUCAAGAUGCUUGGAACUGUGCCUUAAACAUGCAGUUUGAGGCUAGAAGAUCUAAAAGCAUUAAGUUUAGAAAGGCUGAAAAGGGAAUAAACUUGCAAAGGAGAUACUCUAGUGAAUGAUCUUGAUUCAGAUUUGCACAUUCACCAAAAUGACAGAGCUGGGUUCUGAGCUGUAGUUGUCCACUGUGAAAUCUGUCCACUAUGAAAUGGGAUAAAUACUACCUAUCCUUCCAGCUGGCUAUGAUGCUUAACUGAUUUAGAUAGCAAGAAGAACAAAUAACUGAAAAUGAAAAUAUGGAAUUUAAGGGCUUGCUGUUAUGAAAAUGCUUUUGAUUUUGUCCAUUCCCUCUCUCCCCCUACUAAUGCUCUCUGUAAAAUAGGAAUACAGUAUGGUGAUUUAACUGGGCUCCAGUACUAUGCUUAGAAGGGAAUUAUAUGGAAAAGCAAAUAUAAAUAAUGAUUUUAUUCAAUCUUUCAGCCGGUCUUAGUAUUUACCUGUCUUCCAGCUGCCCAAAAGGCCCGAGAACAAUUUGAAGAAGUAGAGAAGUCCUUGAAAGAAAUGGAGGAAUCAAUCAGGAGUCUAGAAAAAGAAAUUUCCUUUGAUUUUGGUCUGAAUGGAGAAUUUUCUUACUUGUAUGGCCAGUGUUAUGAACUCAAUACUAAUGAAUAUAUUUAUCGCCUCUGCCCCUUUAACAGAGUGUCUCAAAAACCUAAGCAUGGCAGCUCAGAGACUAGCCUUGGUACAUGGGGAUCCUGGGCUGGUUCAGAUGAUAACAAAUUCAGCAUCAUGAAAUACGAGCAUGGGACAGGCUGUUGGCAGGGCCCCAAUCGAUCUACAACGGUGAAACUUUCAUGUGGCAAGGAGACAAUUAUCACAUCUACAACAGAGCCUAGCCGCUGUGAGUAUUCAAUGGAGUUUGUUACCCCAGCAGCUUGCCAUGAGCCAAAAGAUCUCGGCCACGAUGAGCUCUGAGACAGCUGUGCACAACCAUCCCUGCCAGAGAAGCCAGGUUCUAAUUCAUACGAUUCCAGGCAAUUUUGUAGAAUUCACCACACAGUUUGCCUCUAGAUACGCUCUUCAUGGAUUCCAAGUUAUUGUUACUCUGGCCAGUGGACUUUGAAGUUUGAAAAACUUCCAUAUUUUUUUUCUGUCAGCUACUGGGACACAAGUCUUUUUCCCAUCUACCCAGUUGUGACCAAGUAUUGUCUGCCCUAAAUACAUCCACUUAGGAUUGCACAACUAUCUGGCCUUUGUUCUGCUGGCAGAAGGCUUCCUCCACUCCAAAAUUGGAUGCUUUUAUGAAGAAGAAGAUGCAUUUACUUCUCAUUCAUAGUGGACAGUCUUCAAAACUGUCUACCUGAAGCUUUUUGCUGCUGGCCUUUUUCUGAGCCAGAUUUCCACUGAGUCUGAAACUUUGGACAUGUAAAACAAGAAGAGGGGACAAAAAUCACCGCCUGUUUUUUAUCUGCUGUUUUUCCUGGAAAAAAAAAAUCACAUUUCCAUCCAAUAAAGAAAGAGUCCUUUC